AUGCCUAAAGAAAGGAAGUUCUUGGAAUAUCUGAUUGAGUUGGGUAGGUAUUUUGGUUUUUUCGUGCUAUAUUGGUAUUUAUUUUAGAUAAUGUACUAUAAAUGUUUUGAAAAGCUGAUGAUGAUUGAUUUAUAGGUAUACGACUGGAGGCGCGUACAGUCACUAUUGGCUAUGCAUCCAUCUAUUUUCACAAAUGUUACAAGGAGAUUCCGGAUGAAAUAUGUAAAUACGUAAGUUGGCAUGGAUACUUAACUUAAUAUCGUUAAGCCUAAAAAAUCGGUUAUUGCUUUUACGUUUGGUUUAUAUAUUAAGAUAGCUAAAGGUUUUUUCAGGUAAUGAUGUAAAUUUUAGACGGUAGCGACAACUUGUAUGUCAUUGGCAGCCAAAACAGCAAAUGACAACCGGCUGCGACUUCGUGGAAUCGUUUCUGUCGCUUAUAGGUAGGUAAAAUACGUAUAGAACACCUUCUUGACUGGUUUAUUUUGCAGUAGCUUGUAAUAUUACUUUUUUAUUUUAUGUUUUAUAUAGCAUGUAACAUUGAUAUAAGCACGGAAUUACACUUGAUAUUACAUUGAACAUCUUUUUAGAAUUCUUCAUCCAGACGCUUCGCCGUUACCUUUAAACCAGCUGGAAACAGCUCUAAAGAAGAGUCUGAUAGAGCUAGAACCGGUCGUACUAAGAUUUCUUGGCUUUGAUCUUACCGUAGAACUGCCACAUCACAUGGCAUAUACGAUCUCAUCUAUUUUAAAAGACUUUUACACUUCGAAAUUUGAAGUCGCCGAGAAGUAUGAUACUGUGUUAACUACAAUACUUCAAGACGCAUCAAUAGAUCCACAGUUCUUCUCGGAUUAUUCAGUAACAACAACUGCCAUUAUUGUCGUUGCUUUAGCCAUUCAGGUUGCCAAAGUAGAUGUGACAGAAAGGGAAUGGGUCACAAUGUUUAGUGAAUCUGUGAGUAUUGGAAGGCUACAGAGGUUGAAGCGAAGGUUUGUGAAGUACGUGUACGAGGAAAACGUGUAA